CCUCCACUUCCACUUCCACAAUCAUCCACACCUGAGGCAUUUCCAGGCGGUGGUGGAAUGCGCCAUGGGUAGAAGCUGAGGCAUACAGUGACAGACAGAAUGUCUUUCCAGCAAAGUGAACUGGUGCCCGUUCCGGCUCAAUCCUCCUUGUCGUUCACACAGGGUUUCCUCCUCGGGCAGCUGUCCGUGGUGCUACUGAUCGGGGCCUUCAUCAAGUUCUUCAUCUUCGGCGAAGCUCCUCCGCCGCCCUCCCGCGGCCUUCGACCCUCGACACACCGGCGAUCCAACUCGAUCUACAACAUCAACCCCAACGAUGCAAACUCCCGGUCCCUAAGAGAAAAACCCUCCAACUCGAACGUUCUCCGCCCGGUGCCGUCCUCCUCCACCAACACCCGCUCCAUCCUCCGCAAGACCUACUACAGCGCCAUUCCCACGAAUCCCUCGAAACAUGGCAGACACAGGAUCCAUCACUCCUCACACCAGCCAGAGUCGCUGGACUGGUUCAAUGUGCUGAUCGCGCAGACCAUCGCCCAGUACCGACAAACAGCGUACCUGUUGAAGGACUCGCCGACGUCCUCGAUUCUCAGCUCACUCAAUGCGGCACUGAACAACCCGGAGAAAAAGCCUUCGUUCAUCGACAAGAUCAACGUGACGGAUAUCUCUCUCGGCGAGGAAUUCCCCAUCUUCAGCAAUUGCCGGAUCAUCGCCGCCGAUGACCCCAACUCCGACGGAGGGCGACUCCAGGCCUUGAUGGACGUCGACUUGAGCGACGACAACCUAUCCAUUGCCAUCGAGACUUCCCUACUACUCAACUAUCCCAAGCCCUGCUCGGCGAUCCUCCCAGUGGCUCUGUCUGUUUCUGUCGUCCGCUUCUCGGGGACACUGUGCAUCUCUCUGGUCCCCGCGUCCACGCCCCCUCUCGACACCCCAUCGCCAUCCCCGCCUCCUCCCACCGCUGAUGGGAACCCGCGCGGCAAGGCCCCCGGAGAUGCCACCCAAGAGGCUGCCAAUGGAGCGGAAGACGGACUCCCUCCGAAGUCCAGUCCCAAGAGCAAUGUCGCUUUCUCCUUUCUUCCAGAUUACCGACUGGACCUGUCGGUACGAUCCCUCAUCGGCUCACGCAGCAGGCUUCAGGACGUGCCCAAGGUCGCCCAGCUGGUCGAAGCGCGGGUGCAUGCAUGGUUCGAGGAGCGGGUCGUUGAGCCCCGAGUGCAAGUAGUCGGACUACCAGAUCUAUGGCCCCGCAUGGGUCGGACCGGCGUCCGGACAGGCGAAGAGUCGGAAACCGGCUCAAACGCCGCCUCUCGGGGCGCCAUGUCCCCCGAUCUCAACGACCAUCUAGGAGAUCGAGAACCAGACGGACUGCGAUUCCGGGGAGGCCUGGCCUCGCGGCCGCAGUUCGACAGCGUCUCGCGAACCAGCAGCUACAACGUCGAAACCGGCGACCUGCGCAGCCCUAGCCUGGUUCGAGAGGAGAGUUCCGGGGCCCUGAGCGAUCAGUUCCACAUGCCUGGCUCUCUGUCCGGACCGGCUGCUCACUGAGACGGACCGGACAAUCUUGGCUACAUGUACCAUAGACGACUACGAGGUUGACCUGCAUAUAUAACGAACGGCGUUACUACAGAUAGGAGUUGAAUGAGACGUUGCGAUUAGACCACCCAGUUCAAACAGUUGUCGUAAAUGUCAUUGUCAUGGUAUAUC